CUUCCUUCUAAUCUCCCAUAAUGCCUUAUUCGAUUAUUGUCAAUGCUCUCCGUCCCUGCGCUUCCGUCUCUUAAAACUCUUUAGUUUUUCUACUGAGCCAGUCAGAUGAGGCACUACAGCGCUAGGGAAGUCGAUGAGCACGGGAUCAAAUAGCUUCCCGGUUUACUCUAAGCCCUGGGAUCGGAAUUUUCGCGGCAUUUAAAUAUGGAAUAUGUAAAUUAUUACAGUUGACAAGGGCUUUUUGCUUGCAGAGUGCGCGCGAGGCAUGGCUUUCCUCUUCACUUGCAUUUUUCUGUAUUGUACUGGCAAUGUUUGGGGGAGCCAGCGGACAGAAGCGAGUGUCUAUUUGGAUAACAUCACGCGUAUUUUGGACAGACUUCUAGAUGGAUAUGACAACAGGCUUCGACCGGGAUUUGGAGGUCCUGUUACCGAAGUCAAAACAGACAUCUUUGUCACCAGCUUUGGUCCAGUUUCAGAUGUUGAAAUGGAGUACACCAUAGACGUGUUCUUCCGGCAAACGUGGAUCGAUGAGAGGCUCAGGUUUGAAGGCCCCAUUGAGAUCCUCAGGCUGAAUAACCUCAUGGUCAGCAAGAUCUGGACGCCGGACACCUUCUUCCGGAAUGGCAAGAGGUCCAUCUCUCACAACAUGACCACUCCCAACAAGCUGUUCCGUAUCAUGCAGAACGGAACUGUGCUCUACACCAUGAGACUAACUAUUAAUGCAGAAUGUCCAAUGAGAUUGAUGAACUUUCCCAUGGAUGGACACGCCUGUCCUCUUAAAUUUGGUAGCUAUGCCUAUCCCAUCAGUGAAAUCGUUUAUACAUGGAAGAAGGGCCCGUUGUUAUCGGUAGAGGUACCAGAGGAGUCAUCAAGCUUGCUCCAAUAUGAUCUUAUAGGGCAGACAGUGUCCAGUGAAAGAUUAAAGUCCAACACAGGUGAAUACAUAAUUAUGACAGUUUACUUCCACCUCCAAAGGAAGAUGGGCUUCUUCUUGAUUCAGACAUACAUUCCGUGCAUAAUGACCGUAAUACUUUCUCAGGUGUCUUUUUGGAUCAAUAAGGAAUCAGUUCCUGCUAGAACUGUAUUUGGUAUCACCACAGUGCUCACAAUGACCACUCUAAGUAUAAGCGCCCGACACUCGCUGCCCAAGGUGUCCUACGCCACCGCCAUGGACUGGUUCAUCGCCGUGUGCUUCGCCUUUGUCUUCUCUGCCCUCAUCGAGUUUGCGGCCGUCAACUACUUCUCCACCCUGCAGGCCAACCGUGAACUGCGCAAGGCCGCCGCCCUGAAGGCAGCUGCACUGGAGGCAGCGGCCAUGGGGAACGAGGAGGAAGUCGUCUCGCAGCCCCAAUCAGGUGGCAGCAGCAGCAGCAACCUGAAAAAGCGGAUGAACUCUGUGUCCCGCAGCGAGACGCCCGCGGGGCAGUUCACGCCCCCUCAGGUGCCCGCCUUCCUCCAGCAGGGCUCGGCGGUGCCCGCCAACAAUGUGCUGACGGGCACCAGCAUCAUCGACAAGUAUGCCCGCAUCCUCUUCCCUCUGUCCUUCGGGGCCUUUAACCUGGUCUACUGGAUUGUCUAUCUCACCAAGGACACCAUGGAGCUCUCCAGGGAUACUGAGUGAAUCCCUCCGGGUGUCCAUCCUUCUGAAGGACGUUUGCAGGUCACUGAGGCAGCAAAGAAACAUGGCGGGGGUUUUGCUCCUGUUGUGGUCUGUUGUUUUUUUUUUCUCU